AUGUAAGGAAUGGAAUACUAGACUUUUUAAUAUUAUUCUUAUGAGGAUAUAAAAUCAUUAAAUGAGAUUCUUAAAGUAGAUUCAAUUGGAUUUGUAAAUAUUUAUUAAGAUGAAAAAGUAAUUGAAUAUCAGAUUGAUCGAUCUAAAUGUCUUAGAUUAAGCGAUUUAAUUUAUUUGAUUGUAUAUAUAUAAAUCAAGUAUUUUAGACAGAGAAUUAUGCUAAAAUUUAUUUGGGAUAACUCUUAACUAUUUUUCUUGAUUUAUUAAAGAAAGUCAUAAAAUUAGAAGAUAAAUAUAAAAUUGAACAUUUAUAUCUAGAUGAUAAUAGAAUUUGGUUGAAUUUUAAAGAUCUAGAUAAAACAAUAAAGGUUUAUGUUACAAAAAUUGAUUAUUCUAUUGCAUUUACAGGAUAUCAAUGUUAAUUAUAUGAAGAAGGUUCAAAUAUACCCAUUCCAGCAAAACAGAAAAUUUUAAAAAUUAUUAAAGACAUUUUGAAUGAAUUUAAGAAUAAAAAAAUAUUCUUUAAUGAUUCUCAAAAAGACAAGAUUCUUAAAGAAAUAUACAAUCCCAUUAUUUAAGAAUGCGAUAAAUUGAAUAUUUUAGAUACUUUAAAUUAUAUUAUAGGCAUUUUAUAAAAACAAAAAUAUGAUAGUGAAGAAUAAUAUAUUGAUUUAGAUGACUGCAAAGGAUUUUUAAAAUUAAUUGAAUCAAGAAAAGUAACAAAAUUAUAUACAGAAUUAUACAUUAAAGAUCUUAUUCAAAAUUUAGAAAAAGAAGGGUCAUUUUUUAUAGAAAAUAUUUUCUUAGCAAAAGUGAAGGUUUUAUCUGUUGUUCUUGAUAAAGAUCAUGUCGCUAAAAAUGCUGCAUUGUUAUAUAAAAAAUUUGAAAAAGAUGAUGAAUUUAUCAAAUAAAUGAAAGAAUAUUAUGAAAAAUAUUAAACAAUAUUAAAGAACAAUGCUUAAAUUAUCAUUAAAUAAAUAUUCAAUGAUAAUUUAUAAAAGGAGAUGGAAAAGUUUAAAUUUGAAAUUACAGAUGAAGAAAAAUAAUUAAUUAUUGAUAGUUCCUUAAAUAGAAUUCUUAAUAUGAAAUUAAAUAGAUACUUUUACAAUUCUCCAUUUUAUUCUAUCAAAACAAGUUAAAAUCAUAUCCAAUAAUGUUAAUAAAGUUUAAUUACUAAAUUUUCAACAGAUAUAGUAAUUGAAGAAGUUGAAAUGCUAAUUUCAUAUAAAAUAUUAUUAAUGAUUGAUGAACUAAUUUGA